AUGGGGCCGGCGGCGGGGGCUGUCAUCGAGAUCAUCUCGGACGACGAGAAGGAGGAUUCUUUUUCUGCCAAGCCGACCGCCGACGCGCUCGAUUGGGCCUCCAGCCUCCUGCUCGACGACCUCACUGGGUUGGGGGAGGGUUUAGACGACUCCGCCGUGAUACAGGAGCUCUUGUCCGCUCUCGAGGGUGAAAAGAAGGCUGCUGCUGAUGACGACGACGACGACUGCGUGAUCCUGGACAGUGACCCUGACAAGCCCCUAAUCGUUGUCAAGGAGGAGAAGCCUGGGAAAGAUGGGGCAGAAGAAGACUUGCAGGUUCUUUCAGAGAAAGGGGAGGUAGCAUGCAGGGAUUUCCCCCAUCCACGUCAUCUAUGUGCUAGAUUGCCUUUUGGAACUGGAUCUCAUGCAAAUCAUUGCACCAUGUGCCACUGUUAUGUUUGUGAUUCUCCUGCUCCAUGCCCCAUGUGGGGCAAAGGUACCUUGCCUACUGAUCAUUGUCAUGCUACGGAUAAGGAUGAAAAGUGGAAGAAACAGAGGCAAUCACUCAAACGCAAGAGCGUGCUGCCAUCUAAGCGUGAAGGUGUCAAGAAAAUGUCUCUCCCAAGCUCAACAACACCAUCCUCUCAGCAAUUUACAGGGCAUCAGGUAUCAGCUGCACAACCAUAUCCAUAUGCACCUUUGUGGACAACUGUAAACUAUCCUCUCAGCCAAAAUCAACAAAGGCGUCCAUCUGCUUUGGGGACAGGUGUAAACCAACCUGUCGCCGGAAGAGUUCCUGUUGCAAGUAAUGUCAGCCCAAAUCAACAAUUGCAUCCAUCUGCUUUGAGGGCAACCGUAAACCAACCUUCCACCGGAAGAGUUCCUGUUGCAAGUAAUGUCAGCAGAAAUCAACAAUUGCAUCCAUCUGCUUUGGGGACAAAUGUAAACAAACCUUCCACCGCAAGACUUCCUGUUGCAAGUAAUGCCAGCCAAAAUCAACAAAUGCAUCCAUCUGUUAUGGCUGCACAGAAUGCGUGGCGAACCACCCAUCUGCCAAAAGCAUCAGCUCCUGGGCCAAAAUUCUCAGGUAAAACAUCCAACAGGCCUGGGGCUGCUCCUACAGUCUAUACACCCUCAAAUGGGUACAUUUACCCUGCUCUUCGUAACAAUGCCCCAAUGCAUCCAGCAACCCCGCGUGCAGUUCAGACAGUACAAGCGGCACCCGGAAGCAGGGGACUGCCAGGAGGUAACCUUAUUCAGGGUUUCUCCACUCAGCGUUAUCUUGCUGCGCCGGUGCAGGUUCGGCCAAUGCCACAUCUCCAGGCUGCUUCCAAUGGAUCGUCUGGUACUGCUGGACAGCAGCUUCGUCAGUGCUCCACGCAAGUAGCUCAGGCAACACAAGGCGUGCAAGACGCAUCAGCUAUUCAGAAGUCAUGGCAGAUUGCACUUGCUAAUCUGGCCUCUGAUCUUGGUGUGUCUGACUACAAUGUCGAACGACCGCCUGUUCAACAGUCUGUCAGCACUCAGCCUCUGCAUCACAGCCAGCUACUUGCUCAACCAAAGGCAGUCCAGGCGCCUGAAACGCAUUGCAGCAGUAUUCCGGCGACAGCGGACACGAGGCCUUCUAAUGGUCUUCCCCAGCAGGAUAGCAAAUCUGCAGACGGUGCUGUUUCUAUGCAGAAAACACAAGCCUUGUGCAUACUGAAUUCCCAGAGCAGCCUUGCCUCAAAUGAAACUUCUCUGAAUAGCUUUGUAGCUAAACCUGCCAUGGAACAUUGA